AUGACGGAACGACUUGAGCAGAGGUGUUGCAUCAAAUUUUGCCAAAAGCUUGGCGUUACCCAAGUGGAAACCUUUCGGAAGAUUCAGCAGGCUUUCGGCGACGAUGCCAUGAGCAUCACACGAAUUAAGGAGUGGUGCAACCGCUUCCAAGAUGGCCGCACGUCGGUGGAGAGCGAACCACGUUCAAUAAGCCGAAAUGACGAGGUCAUUGACCAAGUGUGGACUUUGGUCAUGCUGGACCGUCGUGUCACCGUCCGAGAACUUGCGGACGAGGUCACCCGUCUCCUUCGUGAUGCUGUGCGGCGCAAACGACCGGACCUGUGGGCGGCGGGAACUUGGCAGCUCCAUCAAAGCACCCGCCCAUUCUUCGCAUCUGUUCAGGCUUUCUAG